AUGAAUUUAUCUAAAACUAAUGAAUAGAAUGAGAACGACAUGAUGGAAUCUCUCCCAUUUGAAAUUAUUUAAGUUAAAUUCUAAAUCAAUAUUAGUUAAGCAGAAGAAGAAAUAGAGUCUAAUUUGGACAAAAUUCUAAUAGAUAAAGCUAAUCUAGAAUAUUUAAAAGGUCUAUUAGUGAAAGUAAAGAAGAUGUAAAAGUAAAUAGUAACCUUAGAUAUAAAACAUGAAUUUUCAAGAUCAAAAAUAAUUAAAAUCUAAAGAUGAUUAACCAAUAACAGAAAAGGAACAAUUUGAAUACAAAUUGAUAUAAGUAGAAAUAUCUGACUUUGUUAUUAUUGAGCCAUGUAAGAAUGGAAAAGAGUAUCAACUAUUAAAACAAGAAGAUUGGAAAAAAAUUAUCUCCUAAAAAUCCUUAAAUGGUUACAAUUUAUUAGAUAUACAUGUAUCAUUAUUGGCAUAAAGACUAAACUUUUUUGAAAGAAGAGAUUUAUGGUAAUUCUUCUGUUAAGUGGAAUUAAUAAAGUAUUAGAUUUAAUAAACUACAAAUUCAUUUUUUAAAUAUUCUAUCUAGGAGAACAAUUAUAGAUCUUAAAUAGAUAAAGACAUACCUAGAACUUUAAUGGGAUGCGAAUUUCUAAAAAACGUAAAUUAUCUAAUUAUUAUAGCCAGAUAAUAUUUAAAGUUUAAAAAAAAUAUUAAUUGCUUAUGCUAAUUAUGAUCCUGAAUUAGGAUAUACAUAAGGUAUGAAUAUUAUUGCAGCAAAUUUAUUAAUUUGUUAUGAUCUUUAAUAUAAUGAUCAUUAAUUUUUAGAAAGUAAUUUUUCUUAUUCAUUUUUAGAUGUUGAAAUAUUUGAUCCAACUAGAGAUGAAAUUGUGUUUUACAUUUUUAUAUAUGUUAUGAUAGAAUUAAAAUGGAGAUAGGUAUUUAUGCCAGGAUUUCCUGGACUUAUUAGAUUAAUGAAAACUUUAAAUUUAAAAUUUAUGUCUGAAUUACCUUAACUCUAUAAACAUUUUUAAGAAGUAGGUGUAGAUUUUAACAUAUGUUUUUAAUAUUAAUAUUUUACUUUACUUAUGUAUGGUAAUUCUUGGAAAAUAAGUAGAAUGAUAUUUGAUGUUUUCCUUUUUGAAGGUGAAGAAAUCAUACAUACAUUUAUUAUUGGAAUGUUAAAAUGUUGUGAGGAUUCUUUAUUGAAACUCUAUACUUUUGAAGAAAUUCUCAAAUUUUGUAAAAAUGAUAUGAUAUAAUAAUUUUAUGGAAUCUUUUCUGUUCAUUUAGAUGGUAAGAAGGAUCUAACUAAUACAUUAUUUAAUUUAGGAUUUAUCAAAUUAUAAGGGAAAAUUAAAGAAUCUGAUCCCAAAAAUACAGAAUAAGCAAAAAUACUAUAAAAAAAUUAGAAUCAAUUUGGAUAAAUUAAAUAAUUAGGAGGAUACUUAAGAAAAUUUUUUAGAAAAACUUGA